GGGGGGAGGGGGCGGGCGCGCAGCAGGGUCUCAGCGGCUGAGGCGCCGGCCUCCCUGAGGCCCGGAGCAAGGCUGCCCCAGCGCCGCACCAUGGACUCGCGACCCGAGGAGUAUGAGCUCAAUGGCGACGUGCGCCCGGGCUCGCCUGGCUCCCCGGACGCCUCGGCACCCCGCUGGGGCAGGAACCGGCCCAUCAACAUGAACCAUUAUGCCAAUAAGAAGAGUGCGGCAGAGAGCAUGCUGGACAUCGCACUGCUGUUGGCCAACGCCUCCCAGCUGAAGGCUGUCAUCGAGCAGGGCCCUGGCUUCGCCUUCUUCAUCCCCCUGGUGGUCCUCAUCUCCAUCUCCCUCAUGCUGCAGAUUGGUGUGGGCGUGCUGCUCAUCUUCCUUGGUAGCCGACGUGCUGGUGGAGGACGGCGUGGUGCGGGAGCUGGGGCGCGACCUGCUGCCGCCCGGGGACGCGCCGGCCGGGCUGCGGGUCCUAGACGCCGCCGGCAAGCUGGUCUUGCCUGGCGGCAUCGACACGCACACGCAGUUCCCCUUCAUGGGCUCGCGGUCCGUGGACGACUUCUACCAGCGCACCAAGAUAGCUGUGAAGCUCCUCUGGCGUCUGCCCUGCCCCGGGCUUCCUUCAGCAGCUCCUCAGAGCGGUCCAGCAGCCACGGCCCUGGCUUUGCAAGCCUUAAUCGCAGAGACGUUUUAGGACCGGCGACAGAAGGGUGACUAGUCAAGUGCGCUGGUCAUGAAUAACUACAACAACACAAGAAGGAGCCAGUGCUGCAGCCACUGGGGAAGCCUGAUGUUUGCAAGAUGUGAAGCUGCCAAAGGAUGUCAUGGGAAAAUGACUCCAUUCCCAGGACUUGGCCUGGGAGGAGACCGGGUGAAGGCUGCUACUGAAAAUAAAGAUUCCCUUCCUAUUAGUGGGAAGGGAGUUAAUGACUUACUUUUUGGAAAGGUCCAUUUUUGCUACUUGAAUGUUGUCGAGUGAAUUACCUCUUCUAUUGCACAAAUACUAAUUCAGUGGAUUAAAUAAGUGAAUACAUACACUUCAAAUUCAAAUGCUUUGCUACUUUUUUUGAUUAACUUUUAUUGGAGUAUGGUUGCUUGACAAUGUUGUGUUAGCCUCCACUGCACAACAAAAUGAAUCAGCCAUACCCAUACAGAUAUCCCCUCCCUUUUGGACUUCCCUCCCACUUAGGUCACCACAGUGCAUUAGGUAGAGCUCCCUGUGCUAUACAGUAUGUUCCCAUCAGUUGUCUAUUUUAUACAUACUAUCAAUAAUAUAUAUGUCAAUCCCAGUCUCCUAAUUCCUCCCACCCCACCCCUUUCCCCCUUGGUAUCCAUACAUUUGUUCUCUACGUCUGUGUCUCUAUUUCUGCUUUUGUUUUGCUACUGUUGUAAGGGAUAGAUUUUUUAAAUGAAAGAUGAAUUCAGAAAGUGAAAGUUAAAAUUAACUGUGUCCCAUGUAAACGCACUGCUGUAAAUUCUGGAGAUACUACUAAGGAAUUGAGUGUUCUCCUCCCUUUCUUUGACAUUUCUAAGAUCAGAGUUAAAGUCUAGCUUGAACUUUACUGUGUCACACAGCCAAAUCACAAAUUGUGUGUCACACACAAUUUGGGUGAUAUUGACUCUCACUGUGUGAAGUUGAUGAUGACUAUAUUCCCUGGUAAGAACUGAGAAAUUCUGUCCUAUCCUGCCACUGCGUGACACCAAACAAGGUACAGUCGCAAUGGGCUUUGUGUCACUGACAUGAAGUUGAGGGUGGGCGUGUGAUCACCCAAUUUAGCUGUGUGAUUUUGGCUGUGUGUGCACCCAAAGCUGAAUAAGACAUAGCUCUAUUUUGAGAUGCAAACUGUCUACCAAUGCCCUUCUUCAAGGAGUUUGCAUCUGUUUCUGGCACAGUUUUGCUUUGAAGGUUUAGAGUGCUUCAGAUGUUCAGAAUUGUGCUUAAAUCUUUAAGACAUGUUUGUGCUGUUUUUGAUAGAACAAGAUGGAAUAUUCUUGCAAGUGUCUGAUGCUAAAUAGUUUGAGGUCUCUGUACCUGAAAAUGUGUUUGGUUUUAAAAGAAGAAACAGAAGAAUGACUUCUUAUAAUAGUCUCUGGAAAACAUGUAAAAUACAGUUUACAAAAUGAUGGCCUCUGAGCCUAAAUUCCCCAUGUAUAGCAAGAUUUGUUCCUAUCAAUCAGGAAGGUGCCAAAAUAAAUCUAUCUGCACAUCAUCUUAAUUGCCCAUCCAGUAAGAUCAGAUGGAAAGAGAAUUUCCAUGCCAAGAAUGUUCUUUAUCUUUUAUAGAGGAAGGAACGCAGAGCCCUGGGUUUUUUGUUGUUGUUUGGUUCGGUUUGGUUUUCUUUAAUUAUUUCAUUGUCACAAAAGAAAUGUAUGUUUAUUAUAAAAUUCAAACAACUCAACUAUGCAAAACAAAAGUGAAAAGCCUCUAUUUUUCCUCAAUUCAGUGUUUAAUGUGCUAAAAGCUAUCUCAUUAAAAAGAGUGAUCGGUUUGUAAGGCAGCCAACAUGAAAAUGAUAGUUUUGAACUCACUUAGGUUCCUAAAUAUAAUUAUUACCGGGGAAGUCUCAGGAUGUCCAGAGAAGAGUAACCAGAAGGUUGAGGAGUCAGGAAAGCAUAAGGGCUCACCAAAGGAACUGCUUGGGUUUACCUGAAGUAAAAAGAGACUAACAGGGAGAAUGGUUUCCUAUCUUCAAAUUGUUGAAAGUCAGCAAGCAGAAAACAAAGUAGACUUGUUCCAGGGAACAAAGGACCAGCUUGUAGAGGAUAAUAAUACUUCUACCCAGUUAUGACAUAGGCUGCCCUCUGAAAAAUAGAGCUCUCCACACAGGAUACACCUAAGAAAGGACUAGGCGGAUGUCAACCAAGAGCAUUGCAGUAGGGCUUCCAGUAUUACGUGGGAGGUAGGUUUAGGGGUCUUUUAUUUUGGAGUGCAUUUCUGCUUCCUCUCCUUGGCUCCACUCUCUUUUUGUCUCAUUUCAAACAUCCAAGUUCAGGCAGAUAGACUCCCAAUAAAGCCAUGAGAAAUAAGUAGUUAGCUUGUGAUAGAUGGCCAAGAGAAUAGUAGAAAUUAUUUUCAGUACUUUAUAAAGGAAACCUUAACCCUCUUGAUGUGAGAGCCCUGGGCACUCUGUCUUCCCAGAACAGAUAAAUAUGAGAGACACAGAUGUGAGACUUCUUUUUGCUUUGGUUAAGAGAAUUCACAUCUCUUUAGUAUCCAGAGCCUAGCACCACCAUGCUCAGCUUAAAGCAAACACAUUUUAUUGUAUCUAUACUGUGUGGGAAUAUCUAAUUUUUCCCAGAAAAAAUUAAUGAGACCCUUGAAUGAAUACAAACAUAUCCGAGUGCUAUUUAUACCUCAUAUUGCCUAGGUAUUAAACAAUAAUCAAAGCAUAUGAAAUUGUGUUAUUCUUAUAUUC